CCUGGACCCUGAUCCAGCUUCGCUUUGCUCCUGAUGGAGCAUGCUCCGACUAUUUUUUCAUCCAUCCACUGGGCAAUAUAACUGGAAAACAUCUAAUAUAAAACUAGCCAUGGCAGCUGCUAGGGGUCUUUUCCCGAUCCCAUCAAAAUGGGUCUUGGAAGAAUCAUCAACUCGCUCUUUACGUAUGUGUCUACGCGCCGACUGACGGUUUUAGCUUUGGUUAUACUUGCCUGGCUUCUGUGCUCUCUCCAUCCUAGUCUCGAUCUUUAUGCGAAUCAACAAGCACUCAAGGAGCCUCGCGAGGACGAGUACAAGGCUCGGUUUCUCUACACUUCCUCUUUCCGACGCAACCCUGACCUUGAAUAUGAGAGACGACUUGCGAACGCUCUGCAGGAGCUGGAGCGGGCUGUGCUGGAACGGCAUAAGGGAAACAGUGUGGCGGAGGACAGGAUAUGGCAGAUAGCGAAGGACGCAAGUCAACGGGGGCCGGAUUCGAUCUACCUUCAGGAAAGGAACCCCGGAUGGGCGUACACCUUAGUGAGCGAUGCGGAAGCUUCCAAAUUUGUGGCCGACAAGUUCUCGGCCAUUCCCGAAAUCGCCCAAGUAUACGAGUCGUAUCCUUAUCAUGUUCUGCGAGCAGAUCUCCUCCGCUACCUUCUUCUCUAUUACUACGGAGGCUUCUAUGCCGACAUGGAUAUCUAUCCCGCGCGGCCCAUCAACGAGUGCCCGGCCCUACAGUCAAUCCCGAAACCUACUGUGGACGAUCCGAUGCACAGUGGCAAUGUGUCAUUGGUGGUGGGAGUCGAACUGGACGAGCCCUACGCCUCUCCCAAAACCAUGCGCUUCUGGCAUUGGACCCGAAGCUACGGAUUAAUCCAGUAUACGAUGUACGCGCCUCGACGUUUCAGCCCACUGCUCCGCGAGAUCAUUGUUCGAUGUCUGUCGCACUCUCGGCAAUACAAUCAGCAGCACGGCGGGAUCCUAGGCAGAUUCAGUUACAACAAGAACGCUAUUUUAGGGAUCACCGGCCCCGAUGUCCUCACCGAUGCUAUUCUCGACGCUCUGUCCUCAUCGCUCCCUGCCUCCCACCCGUUCGUCCAGAAGUCUGUGGGUGUUGAUCAGGACAUCGGUGAUCUGAUUUCAUCUGAGGGGAAGAUCCAGAGACGGGUCACAUGGGCUCCCUUUCACGAUCUCAGCGAGCCUAUCUGCGCCGACGCCACUGAAUCUAUCCCUGGGACACCCAUGGGAGGGCUUUGCGUGGUGCCUAUCAGUGUAUGGGGAAACGGGCAGCGACACAGCAAGGCAGAGGGUUUCAACAGUCCACACGCAUGUCUCAAUCAUCGCUUCGGCGGUUCUUGGAAGAAGGGUUGGCGCGAGCGUCUAUUUGGAUGAUAGAAAUGAUGAUGCACAUACAGAUUUACACAUAACAAAAAAGUUCCUUCGGUGCUACAACCACUUUUCAUGUCCAUUAUGAUUAUUGACCCCUUCGACUUGUUUCGAGUAUCGGUCUGACGUGCAAUCCAUGUUGAAUAGUUGUAGCUUACGC